AUGAAAAUAGCACAAGAUAGGCAAAGGAGUUACUAUGAUAAGAGGAGAAAACCUUUGGAGUUUCAGGUGAGUGAUCAUGUGUUUUUGAAAGUUUCACCUGUAACUGGAGUUGGAAGAGCUCUAAAAUUCAAAAAGUUAUCUCCUAAGUUUAUUGGGCCAUUUGAAGUGCUAAGUAAAGUUGGUCCUGUUGCUUAUGAAAUUACUUUGCCUCCAAAUCUCUCAAACUUGCAUCCUGUAUUCCAUGUAUCUCAGCUCAGAAAGUAUAUUCCUGACCCUACUCAUGUGAUAGAACUUGAUCCUGUUCAAGUGAGAGAGAAUUUGUCAUAUGAUGUACAACCGGUGAAAAUUGUUGAUCGUCGUGUUAAGAAAUUAAGGGGUAAGGAGAUUUCACUUGUUAAAGUAAUAUGGAAUACUAGUGAUGAAAGAGAUGCCACGUGGGAAGUUGAGAAUAAGAUGAGAAAAUUAUAUCCUGAUCUUUUUGUAACUUAG